CCAAUGAUAUUAAUAAUCGCGAUGGGAGUAUAAUAUUAAUUAGUACAGUAUCUCGGCCGUCUGGUAUACCGAUUCUAGCAUUGAGCAAUUGCUUCAGAGUGCGAUGGAUCUCUUGCGAAUUAUCAAUGUUCGAAGAUGUUGACAAACUCUACGGAGACUAGGAUCACACCUACACCGACCCAUCACCAGGUGGACAAAGGCGCAAGGAAUUGAGUUUGUAUGCUCAAAGGUGGAUCGGUAUCAUAUGUCAAAGGUUACCUUUCCUGGAACAUACCUUUAUCCAAGGCAGACGGGAGGUAGAUACGGGACCGUUUUAUAGCCGAAUCAGGUUUAGCAGUCGUAAAAUUCUCAGACGUGCAUCCACAUCUUUAGCACGAAGAAGCAAGCAACGUGGUGACCGGUACCAAUAAGAAGGUUGCACGGAUGAGGUGCCACGUUGGUGAACCCAUGUCUACCCUCAUCAUCCGAAUCGAGGUUCACCGAGGAUCAACCGCGACACAAAUAUCUUGAGCACCAGAUGUACGCGCGGAUGAAUUUCCCCGACGCAAAAGUCAUCCUGGUCGGAACACAAGAAUUCCCGAUUUUGGGCGAAAGACCAAAGACCACUCUGGAAAGACAGGAGAUAGAAUCGCGCCAGCGCGGGUCGAUAGGCAGCCAGGUUGCCUGGCGACAGCAGCCGUCGCUUCCUACCGCAGCAGAGAAGUUACUUUGGGAUCCGCAGACAGAACUCCGUCAGUCUCCGGUACGUUAGCUGGGUCGGUGGGUUUCUCCAUCAAGAAAACGACGUGCUUUUGGUAAGAUUUGAUAUAUUAGGAUUCCGGGAAAAUGAAACAACGGUUAAAGUGUUCGGAUGUGGCCGAAAAAUCUGCGACCAACUGCGGAGGGUGUGCUGAACCCGAUGAACAUAAAUCCAAAACCAAGAGCUGGACGGUUCAGCUCUCGGAGAUGCUACCUAGCGACAAAGCCUUCGAGGAAGUCUGCGGAUUCCGGCUCGGUGACCUCAAGAACUACGAAAAAUUUGUCGCUCUGAUGUACCGACCAACAAACCCAGCAUCCCUCGGAGUGGCUCGCGCGCUUUUCGGACUGUGCAUGGUGAUCGACAUCGUGGAGGAGAGAGGCUUUUCUGACAUUGAUCUCAAAUGGGGGGAUCCAGCGACUUGUCACUUCCCUUUGAUCCACGGAAUGAAGCCUCCGCGAUUGCCAUGGACCAUCGCGUUGUACACCCUGAUGUGGCUCGGUGCCGGAGGCAUCAUGAUUGGGUUCAGCUUCAAGCUAGCAUGCGGUUGUUUCCUCCUGCCGUACUGGUACUUUUUUAUACUCGACAAAAUGAACUGGAAUAAUCACAGCUACUUGUACGGCGUCGUCGCUAUAUUAUUUUGGGGCACCGGAGCCAACAAGUACUUUUCAAUGGAUGCAAGAUCGUACAGAUUAGGAGACAACAGCGUGCCUCUUUGGAAUUAUUUUAUCCUCAAGUUCCAAUUUUUUGCCUUGUACUUCCUGGCUGGGCUGAAAAAGUCCAGUAAAGAAUGGCUGGAUGGCUACGCGAUGAUGAAUCUCUCCAGGCAUUGGGUUUUCGACCCAUUCAAGCUGUUUCUAAGUACUGAUCAGAUCGACUUUCUCAUCGUUCACUGGUUCGCAUUCCUUUUUGACUUGACUGUUGGCUUCUGGAUGCUGUUUGACCGGACGCGACUUCCUGCUAUGGUGUUUUGCACCAGUUUUCACCUUAUGAACUCCCGACUUUUUCACAUUGGGAUGUUCCCGUACGUCUGUCUGGCCACGAUGCCUCUGUUUUGUCACGUUGAUUGGCCGACGAAAAUCGAAGGCUGGUUCGUCGGUCGAUCCAAGUCUCAUUUGCGAAGCGAUCAAGUUCCGGAUCAAAAACAGCACAAGAACCAGUGUUAUAAUAGAAUUGGCAAAUCGAUGAAACAAAGUGAUGAUUUUAUUUCGAAAGAGAAGAAAUGUUUUUCUGGUGAGGCUGCUUCUAAAACUGAGAGUCCCAGUGUUGCGGCAGACACAAGUGACGAUGGAAGAAGUCAAGAAGAUUCGAAUGUAAAGAAAUGUCAAGAUGACUCGACACAAGAAAGUGAUCACCACAACUGUUUUAGUGACCUGGAGCUGAGACAAUUAACCGGGAAAUCGACUCUUGUUUAUCCGAAACCCGCCAACGGACGAAAAAAGAAAUUGUUUCGUAAAGUAAACGUGACCAAGAAACAAAAAUUCGUCGUUGGACUGUUGCUCUUUCACGUAUUCAUGCAACUCUUCUUGCCGUACUCUCAUUUCAUCACAAAGGGUUACAACAAUUGGGUUCCAGGUUUAUAUGGUUAUUCUUGGGACAUGAUGGUCCACUCCUGGGACACUAUUUUGGUCGUCAUUAAGAUACACGAUAACGUACACAACGAAGAUCAUUACUUAGAUCCGCAAGCGUGGGUUCAGGGAGAUCGGUGGUCUAAGCACGGUGACAUGGUCAAACAAUACGCUCAUUGUUUAAAGGACAAUCUUAUGAACGAGAGGCAAAAGGCAUUGACGACUGGACAACAACCAAGUGUAGCGGAUCAUUGGGCAAAACUCUCGAACAACUUGAGCAUUUAUAUCGACGUCUGGUGUUCUUUGAACGGACGUUUCCUCCAAAGAGUAUUCAAUCCUAAAGUAAACCUUUUGACUGCGGAAUGGCACCCCUUCCAACCCGUUUCUUAUCUGAUGCCUCUAAUGACGCAAUUCAGCUCCUAUCGGAACAAACUGGAUGAGAUUCAACGCGCCGUUUACUCUUGGUCCAACUAUACGGAUGUACUUUUCGUAGCGGACUAUCCAGGAAUGGAACUGGAGAAUUACAUCGACAGAGAUUUGUCUAACGUGACAUUGACCGUGCUCGAAGGUCAGGUGAUCUACUUCGAAGAUGAUUGGCAACAGGGGGUUACGAUUUCCAAGGGAAAUCACCUCGAAAUAAGUCCAGGAAAAUUCCAUAACGUACAAACGAUAAGCUUUCACCCAGCGUGCCUGAUGUACACUUUCACAAAUGGUACCAAGCAGAGACUCGAGAGAGAAGGGAGAAUCGAACCACCAGAAAAACCAAAAGAUGUCUUCCCAAUUUUAAAGGAAAUGAGGUACAAAUUGAAUGCCUGGAAACGUACGCUUGGACAUAUCGCUGCCGCAUUUUUUUACUUCGCUUACGACGUUCCCAUGCUGCGUCGAGUUCAGGUCAACUAAUUUAGAAAAAUUGCGUAUUUUUGUUACAAUAUAUAUUUUUUUCAUCCGAGAAGUCGAAUAAUUUCUUAUGUAUGUAUAAUAU